AUGUUCUUUUAUUGUUUGACGUUUUAUUUUAUUUCUUUAUUUUUUUUAUACAUAUCAUUUUGCAAAAAUAUAAAGGUCACACAACCUUAUGAUAAAAAGAUAAAAAUAAAAAGUUUUAUAAAUAAUUAUUUAGUGUCAUGUAGAAAAAAAAAAUAUAUAUAUUAUAAUGUAGUUGAUAGGAAUAAUACGCGUACCUUCAGCCUUAAUCAUAAUAUAAAGGAUAAUAAUAAUAAUAAUAUUGAUAAUAAUAAUAUUGAUAAUAAUAAUAUUGAUAAUAAUAAUAAUUUUAAUAAUAAUAUUGAUAAUAAUAAUAUUGAUAAUAAUAAUAUUUUUAAUAAUAAUAUUUUUAAUAAUAAUAUUUUUAAUAAUAAUAAUGUAUUACCCCCUUUAGGUAAUAAAAACAUCCUACAUGAUAUUGAAAAGAUAUGCAAAGAAGCAAAUAAUUUAAAAGAUAAAGAAAAAAAAAUAAAUUAUCUUAUAGAACAAUGUAGUCCAUUAUCUAAGAAAAAUUAUUUCCCUCCUAUUUUAAAAGUGAAUAAAGCUUAUAAGAAUAAAAAGAUAGAUGAAUUUAAUAAGGGUAAUAAAAAUUUUUAUAUUAAUCAAGUCAGAAAAGAUAUAUUUUAUAGGUACGUUAAUAGAUGCGAUGAAAAUUUAUUUAUGGCUAUAGAUAUACAAUUUGAUGGAGACCAACAAAGAAAGGAUGAUAUAAAAAAUAAAAAUUAUGGUGACAAUGAAAAAUAUGGUGACAAUAAAAUAUAUGGUGACAAUGAAAAAUAUUGUGACAAUGAAAAAUAUGGUGACAAUAAAAUAUAUGGUGACAAUGAAAAAUAUGGUGACAAUAAAAAAUAUGGUGAUAAUGAAAAAUAUUGUGACAAUAAAAAAUAUGGUGACAAUGAAAAAUAUGGUGACAAUAAAAUAUAUGGUGAAAGUAAUAAUUAUUAUGAUCCUAUAAAGAGAGAUAACCUUAUAGAAGAUGAAAAAAAUUUGGACAAUUUUUUUGUCAUAUACAAUGAUAAUAUAAAGAAUAUUGAACCAGUUGAUAAAAAAAUCGAUGCUAUUAAAAAUUUGUUGAAUGAUAAAUAUUUGAAAGAGAAAAAAUUAAUUAUUACGAUUGAUGCUUAUAGUGAUAAUUUAAUAUUAUAUUGUUUUCUUUAUAUAAUUUUAAAGCAUAUAAAUAAAAUACAUUUAUCUACUUUUUUAAAUCUCGAAAUAAAAGAGAUACUUGUAAAAUUGAAAGAGGUGUUUGAUCUACAUUUUAAUGUAUAUCAUAUUAUUAAUUAUAUAUAUGAAUACAUACACACCAUUUUGAAGUGUUAUCAUUUAAAAAUAAAAAAAAAAGAAAAAAAAAAUAUGAAAGAAGAAGAUAUCCAAAAAAAUAUGUAUUGUAAAAAUGAAAUGUUAUGCUAUAACAACAACGACAAUGAUGAUGAUGAUGAUAAGAAGAUGAUUUAUAAUGAAUCAUCUCUUGUGGAGAAAGAAAAAAAAAAUAAAGAGACCAUGAAAUUAUUUACAUAUCCAAGAAUAGCACAUAUGUUAAGUGGUGGUGUGGAUUCAUUAAUGGCUUUACAUCUAUUAGAGAAAAAAAAAUUUCUUGUUGAUAAUUAUUUUUUUAAUUUUACAAAUGCAGACUGUAGUAAGAAUGAUAUAAAAUAUGUAAAAGAUAUAUGUAAAAAUAAUAAAAGAAAUUUAUUUAUUAUUAAUAUUAAUGAAGAAUAUUUUGAUCAAGUGCUUGUUCCAAUGUUAUUUUUUUAUGCAGAUGGAAAAGUUCCAAAUCCUGAUAUUAUGUGUAAUCAAAAAAUUAAAUAUAAUUUUUUUUUAAAAGUAAUAAAAAGUAUUUAUAAACAAAAAUAUAAUUAUGGAAGCAAACAAAAAUUAUUUAAUUAUGAUUAUAUAUCCACUGGACAUUAUGCUAUGAUAAGAACUAAUGAUAAAAAUAAUCCAAACAAUAUGUUUAAUAAUGAUGUAUAUAUAACAAAAAAGAAAGGAAAUAUUAAUAAAUGUUUAGAUAAUAUAAAUAAAGAUAAAGUAAAAAGUAACUAUAAAAAGAAUAAAAAAUAUUUCUAUAAAUUAUUAGUUAGUAGUGAUAAAAAAAAAGAUCAAACAUUUUUCUUAUCAUCCUUUAAUGAAAAACAAUUAUCCAAAUUUAUAUUCCCUUUAUCUUUAUAUAAAAAAACCGAUGUCAAACAAUAUAUGAAAGAUAAUAAUAUAAACAAUUAUAAUUCUAAGGAAACAAAAGGUCUCUGUUUAUUUGGUAACAUAGAUAUGCAAUCUUUGUUACAAAAAUAUUUUGUAAAAACUGAAAAUAAUAUGUUUAAAUUAAAUAAUAAUAAUAAAAAAAAACUUUUAAUAGAUCUAACAGCACCCUCUGACUUAAAAAAAUUUAAAGAAAAAUUCAUGCCACAAAUGAACCUUCGUUAUAUAAAUUAUCUUAUCAAUUUAGAUGAUAAAACUAUAUUGGAUAUAAAUUCAGAUAUACAUUUAUAUGCUAUUGGUCAACAUAAAAAUGUAACUAAUUAUCUUCAUAAUCUAUAUAAUCAAAAAAUGAUAAAUAUUAAUGGACACAAAAAGAAACAUGUAAAAAAUGUCAUUUCUUCUUUUCAAUGGAUUGUAGUAUAUAAAAAAAUAAAAAAAGAUAUAUCCACAAAUAUUCUUCAUAAUUUUAUAUAUCUUACUAAAAAUUAUGACCAAGAUUUAUUUACACAUAUAAGAACAAAAUGUAAAUUAAAUAAUAUUAAAUGGAUACAGGGGAAAUUACCUGUAUGUAUAAAAAAGCAACUUGAAAAAAAAAAAAUAAUAAAUAAUAAUAAUAUAAAUAAUAAUAAUAUAAAUAAUAAUAAUAUAAAUAAUAAAUACAAAACCAAUGAUACAUAUAAUGUUUAUAAUAAUAUUCAACAAAAAAAUAAAAAAAAACUAAAUAAUAUUCCACUUGAUGAAAUAACAAUUUUUGUUAAAAUUAGAAAUAGUGAACAAAUAAAAAAAGCAAAAAUUAAAUUUUCUUCUUCAAAUAAUACAGCAUAUUUAAAAGUGAAACAAAAAGAUAAUGGCUUUUCACCAGGACAAAUUAUCACCUUUUAUUUUCCUUUUAUUAUAAAAAAUAAUAAAGUAAAAUAUAUUACGAAUCUAAAGAAAUAUAAUAAUCCUAUAAAUAAUACAACCACAAAUUCACAUACAAAGCAAAAUACAAUUUAUUAUCAUUGUCUAGGUUCAGCAACAAUAAGUAAUCAAUUUCUUGAUUAUAAUCUUUAUCAACAUAUAAAAAAUAUUCAUCAAGAAAAUUAUAUAAACAUCAGCAUAUGA